AGUCAUUCGUCCAACCCUUGUCGAUCAAACGAGAUCGACAAGGGUUGGACGAAUGACUCCUUGCGGUUGGUAGGGAUUGCAAUUCCGAUGGCAGUCCGAAAUCUGCGGGAGCGGCAGGAUACCUUUUUGGCAAUUCUGGUUCGCGCAAAUUUUUGGCAAAAAAUGGAAGGAGUGAGUCAGWUUAUGUAGCGUAGUACACGUCACUCUGGCACCAAUUUCAAACAAUCUCUUAUAGUGAAGUGGUUAUCACUCUUGACUUUGAAUCAAGCAUCCGGCGUUCGAAUCGCCGUAAGAGAAUCUUUUUUCGCUCCACCAACCUCCAUCCGGCAGCAACCAAUCUUUUUGGCACUCCCCGACGGCACAAAGCAACUGCCGCGAAACCCCGUUGACCAUGGCACCACUAUCGCGGGGCAUGUCCGAUUGGGAAGCCGGAGUGUCCCUGGCCAAGGCCAUAAUGGGGGCCGGCUCCUUUGCCCUCCCCUGGGCCUUCUCCAGGAUGGGCUACCUCGCCGGGCCCCUGGUUCUGGYGGUCUUUCUGGGCCUUUCGGUCCACUCCAUCGGGCUGCUGGCGGAGUGCGCCCGCUGGCUGCGGGCGGAACGGAACGGGUUCUCCUCGGGAGGAGGAGGRCAUUCGCUGACGUAUGUAGAGGUGGCGCGGUCGGCCUUUGGGCCCGCAGGGGCCCUGGCCUCCUGGGUGGCAUCGGUCUCGGCGUCGAUCGGUGUCUGCGGGAGCUACCUGGUCUUUGUGGCGGCCAACCUCGGGCAGCUGCUGGGAAACGAUAGCAGCGACGGGGGUCCCAGCAUCCCGGCCCUGGUCUGGGGGGUGGCGAUGCCUGCCGCGGUCCUCCUGUCGUCGGUCCGCGACCCGAAGCGGUUCGCGGCGGUCUCCUUCUGGGGGGACGUCUCGGUCGCCGCGGGCAUGCUGGCCGUCCUGGUGGACGGCCUUCUGGCYGGGGAGCACCKUUCCGGGAGCUGUGUCGCGGUGGGGUCCCCCCGGGACAUGGCCCCCGCCCUCGGGUCCAUCGGCUACCUCUUUCUGGUGCACUUUUUGGUGCUGCCGAUCGAAUCGAGCAUGGCCGAAGGGGCGGAAAAGACCGGGGAAAGGGCCGGCRGCGAUCGCCACGAGGACCGAUUCGGGGCGGUGGUUCGGCGGACCUUUGUGGUCUGCGGGGCCRUCGGCGGGGGUUUUGGCGUCGCCGGGUACCUCCUGUUCGGGGCGGACACGGAGGAAAUCGUUCUGAUGAACGUGGGAGGCGGCCCCGUGAUGGCCCUGGUCCGGUUCUUGCUGUGUGUUGAUCUCUUGCUGACCUACCCCGUCGUGAUGCGACCGUCGAUCGUCGUUCUGGAGCGGCACUGCUUCCGCCACCGCCGUCCCCCGGGGAGGCGGCCCCKGGGGGUCCCGGAGGACCCGGGGGAGGACGGCGUGGCGCUCGUCCCCUCCGGCGGGGUUUCUCCGGCAUCGUCGACCUGCGGCAAGAGGAACGCCAUCGCUAGCUUCGAGAUCGACGAAGGUGCGGAGACCGUCGGUCAUUUGGUGGAUCGCAUCCCGAUCCGCGAGAACGACGAAAACAACRACGACRACAACGACGAAGGUGUUGGCGUGAUCGAUUGGAGGACCCACAUGGCGGUGUGCCUCGCCCUCGGGGUCGUCGCGGCGGGUGCCGCCACCCUCGUUCCGGCCUUUGGCCUGCUGAGCGGCCUGGUCGGUGGGGUCUCCCAGACCUUUCUCGCAUUUGUCCUGCCCCCGCUCGUGUGGGCCCGGCAGAGGCAGUCCACCACCAUCGCUGGCCGGAGCGGCGGAACCCUCUCCCCCGCUCCAGCGGGGUGGUCCUUGCUGGGGGUGCUUCCGUGGAGGGAACGCGGCCUGGUCGCGUGCGGAUUUGGCCUGAUCCUGUGGACGCUGCGGAGCGCGUGGAUCGAGCUGGCGGGAUGAAAUUGCACCUCURGGCGUGCUCGGUUUGGYCGUGUCCGCCGGGACGCCCGGGARGAAACCAUCGGCGGGCUACGGGGAGGGCGUGUUAUACGGGGAAGAACCAAUGGGAAUGUGCGACGAAACCCAAAGAAAGCCGAUCGAUACAACUACACUACAGAUAAGAGUUUUUCUGACUGAUUUUAUUUUCGUUGCUGAAUCGCUAUGCUUUUGAUAGGCUUCCGAACGAGCACACGAAACUACCGCCAUUGGGAGAGGUCUCAUUUGUGCUCGAGCGUGACGAUCCAUCUCUAAGUGAAAUCCCGGCUCGAUUGUUUCCCCAGUUUUUCGAAACCAUUUCCGUGUUUGCGCCCAAAACAGAUUUCUAUCGCCCUCAAUGGGUUCACAGAGAGAUGUUGUUCAAUUCAGCACAAUCAAUGAAAUCAACCAAACGGCAAYGCCCUUCCACGCUAUGGACGCUAUCCACGACAGCCUGCUACGCCCGUGGUUUGUGCCGAUCGAUCGCGCCGAAGCCCUGUCGCUUUUCGCUUCCAUCUCACCCUUCGUUGGGAUGYCUGGGGCCGUACAAAUCGAGACGAUCGAUGUCACAGCCAUGGAAGCGUUCCAUUCAGGGUUCGACUCGAUGUAKGGAUUCCCGUCUUGGUACAAGAGCCCGAGGCUCGGACCGUUUCCGCCGAGCUCCGAAACCUCCCCGAAGGAGGGAAAUCGCAGGACCACCUCCUCCAUCGCGACCGGAUCGAUGGUGCAGAUUGGAAUGAAGAGAUUCGAGUCCAGGAAGUGGUUCUGCCCGAUGUUUAUAAAGAGCUCYGCCGUGGCGUUCCACGUGACGCCAUCGGGAUAGCCCGGGACGCCCUGCUUGUAGCUCGUCGACAUGGCCAGGGUGCCAAAGUCGUUACUCAGGGCUGGCACGCCCGUGCAGUCAUGCGGAUGCGACGAAGACGACGAUGCCAGGCAAUAGGGCAUAUCCGGUGGCUGCGGACGCAGGACGGAGCAUUCCGGAUCGGUAGUCGAGGUGUAGUUGUAUACGUUACUCACGGCCGGAUCGCCGCUCGUUCCGAACUGUAUGUAUCGCCCGGGAAUGACCCGAAAGAAGUARUUGCCGUUGUAGUAUCCGUGCUUUGCCAGCUUGUAGACCCGAUCGGCCCACACCGGCGCACGUUCCCGGACACAGUCUGCGGUGAAGUCCCCGUACUGGGUCGGAAAGAUGAGCGAAAAUUCUGCCGGUGCCGGGCCUCYCGUUUCAUCGAGCUCACAGGGUUUCUCCAGAAGGCCUGGUUCGAACGACGAGCGGGUGCAGUCGAGUACUUCCGCGGUCUCGACUGCGGAAGACGCGUUCGUUUUCUUGGUCCGUAUAAAGCCCUGUGCUUCCUCAAAGGAAGAACCACUUUCGUCUUGGUCUGCGGAGACUAUGAACCGGGGCCCGUCGAAGGAAAAAGUAUUGCACAGAGCUAGUGCUACUGCURGAAACAAAAUUGCCGUGUUUCUCGCUGGCACUAGUACCAUCGUCGCGUCCUGUUCUCCAGAUGUCGACAAAGUACGAAGUGAUCGAACGUUGACGAAAAGUUGUUUCUUAGAAGUACGGGUACUUAAAUGUGAGACUCUUGUCUUCGCUGUUCGUACGCGGCUACACACUAUUAUGAUACCGUAGUUGAGUCAAGUAAGUACGAGUACUAGGACUAGCGAUUACGAGUUUAACUAGAGUGAAAAAACGGCCAAAAUUCACUGUAACUUCGGCAGACUAGUUCUAAGCCGCCAGAGCAUCCUAAAGCAUCCCAAUGACCUGGAUCGCUAAGUAAUUGUAUCAUCUUGGUCGGGGCGCUUAGUCUGGUGGUCUAAAGUUGUUUUUUGAUAGAGUUCUGGCCUAUUUUCUAACCAGCAGCUGGUCUCCACUGGCCAUAUUGGGCCGUACUGGGUGUUAAUGGAGAAUCCCUGUUCCCAACACUAUGAGGAAGAAGCUUUUCCCCAAAGAACAGCUGCUCUCAGGCCAUACCGGAGCAGUUCCUCUAAAUGUCCUAGUAUUACACUGUUUGCAGUCAAAAAGUGACCAAAAACUAGUAGAUCUAUGUAGGAUCAGUAGUAMUAAAACACUGGGCCCAAAAUUAACUGCAAUGCUACUACUAGUAGUAAUAAUUCUUGGUGUUCAAGUAGAAUGCCUUUGCCUUUUUGCCCUGUAGUAGGACGUGAUAGGGUUCAUAUGGUCAAUGCAUGCAUUUUACUCAAAUUAAACUCAUACUCCACAAUCGACAGAGGACAAUCAAUGAGUACAAGUACAAGACUCGUACUUCUAAUUUACUAGUACUACUAGUAGUUUGUACAGUACCAGUAGCUUGUACAUUGUACCAUAACAAUUAGUGGUAUGUAUGUACUACUUGUAGGUGUGAUGAAUACAAUAAGGUACRUACGCCUGU